AUGGUGCAGGGACAGCGCAAGUUCCAGGCGAAGAAGCCGGGAAAGAGCAAGACGGCGGCCGCGGCUUCAGAGCGGAUCCGGGGCCCGAGGAAGGGCGGCCGAGUCAUCGCCCCCAAGAAGGCGCGCGUGGUGGAGCAGCAAAAGCUCAAGAAGAAUCUGGAGGUUGGGAUCCGAAAGAAGAUUGAACAGGACGUGGUGAUGAAAGCCAGCUCCAGUCUGCCCAAGAGCCUGGCGGUGCUGAAGACCUCCGGGAAGAAGGGGGCUGCCUCUGCCAAGGCGUCCUCCUGA